ACAGCAUCCAUUUUUGAGAAAAAUUUGAUAAUGAAGAAUUUUACUAUUUAUAGUUUUUGUUUCUGAAAUUAUUCAAUUUUGAUGAUUAAUUGCAUCAAUUUAAUUGACUAAAUCCAUCAAUUGUGACUGUGGUAAUCCACGUGAAACGUCUACGUUCAGUUAUCGCUGUUUAAUUUGAAUAUCGUAUCGAUAGACAUGUUUGUAGUUACCGGUCUUGACUCUUGAAUAGUUCUUACAAUUGUUACCUUUUUCAGGAUUAUCAUUCGUAUCUUAAAUAGUUUUACAACGAGUUUUAGAAAAUGUCUUGCAGUGUUAUGGGACGUCUCUACAGCGAUAGGAUUUCAAAAGGAUCGGAAGAAAUCCAGCCUGUAUUUGAAGGGUAUCAGCUCAUUGGUGAUAGUCAGUUCUUAAGAUUUUCUGAAAAGGUUCUGAAAGAAUCUCGUAAACGAGAAAAAGGACUUGCAUAUCUGGGAUUAUGCGUUAGUGGACAGAAAACAAAUGAGUUGUUCGAUCGAAUCAAAAGUAACUUUCAUCCUGUUUACAGUAGAGUAAUAUUGAUGAUCGGUACGAAUGACUUACUAAAAAACACGAAUAGUGUGGAAUUACGUUCAAGUUUCCAUGAAUUGAUUACCCAUUUGAUAGGCAAGAAAGGCGUUCGUGAAUUGGUAAUAUUAACUAUUCCUCCAGUUCCUCGACUUGCAUCAAGUUCUGAACACUGGAAGACAUUGAAACAAUAUAAUGAGCAUAUAUUGACUUUCAGGGAUAAAAAUGGGAUAAAAGUGAUCGAUGCGUAUGCUAAAUUUAUUAAAAGUGAUGAUUUAUCUUGUAGUCCUCUUUCAUUAUCGUCGCGUUCAUCGUUAGUAUCAAAUUCUUCCAGUCCUUCUUUUCGAAAGUCUUAUACUUUCCCUUCUUUUAGCUCUAAUUUUACCUCUAAUUUUGGAAAAAUUAGGACAAAUUUACGCAUUAUUGUUGGAGAUGAGACAGAUAGAACGAUUCUUCUUAACGAUUCUGAUUCGGACGAUGAUUCCAGAGAUGAAAAUGACGACGACUGCGGUGAUAUAUCAAUAACUACAACUCCUUCUGGUAAAAGAAGUUCGAUGGAAUAUCCCACUCCAAAUCCUAAAAGACAGACACUAGCAUCCAGAUUGUGUAACAUAGCUCAAGAUGACCAUAACGACGUUAUGUAUUACGAUGAUGAUCCAGCACGAUCAGAUCUAUCCGAAAAGAUCAACGAACAAUAUUUCGAAAAGUAUUUUGACAGCGAGUGUACUCGACAAGAUUUGAUACAUUUGAAUAUCAAAGGAUUAGUAUUAAUUGAAGAUCUAAUUCGGGAAAAGCUCAAGAUCCCCCGGAGACGCAAUUCUGAGAAAGAUUGGUGUAAUUUAUAAUUAAGUUAAUAUUAUUCUAUCGUUGUUUGUAGCAAUGAUUUGCUAUACAAUAUUUAAUUUUUGAUCAAGACAAAAAUAUUUUACAAUAAUGUGAAGAUUUAAUUUUUUGUUCCCAUCCUUUACUUACCUAUUAUAUUAUUUUUUCUUGUUUUGAUGACAUUUUUAUUAUUCAAUAGUUUGUGAUUUAGAAUCGACGAAUGACGAUUCAAUAAUUUUUUUGAUUUUAUCAAUAUUAUAGUAUUCAGAAUUUAUUUCUACGUAGCUCUUAUUUCUAAGUAUGCAAAUUCGUUCUAUUUUACUGUAAUUUGCAUGCUAUAUGAACUUGAAUAGAUUACCAUUAAAUUUUACUGUGCGUUUUAUUAGAGGACAUAAAAUAGAGUUUUCUUAGGCAAUUUUUUUGAACGAAUAAUAUGUAUAUUAUAUUUAUGUUUAAUUUUUAUUUAUUUUCACCUCGUUCGAAAACGAAAUGUGAAUAUCUAUUUUGUUGAUGAUCGAGACGAACAGUGUAAAUUGUGUAGGUACAUUUUGAUAUUUUAUAUACUUUGUACAAGAUGGUAUUUAUUUCGAAUAAAUUCGUUUAUGAAGAUU